GUAAUCGCACAUUCAUUUCAUCGUCCAAUCCCAGUGUCUGCAGCCCGGAAGCCUAAGCCGAAAGCCCAGGAUAGGCCAAAACUACACUUCCCACAAUGCUCUAGUCUAGAGCUCACCGAAGCAGCUGGCUAGAGUAGGCGGAGUCCGGAAAGCAGGCUUGUGUCGUGUGCCGGUUCAUUCGUGUCUUCAUUAUGUAUCUACGUAGAUUUGUCAUAGGAGGAUCCGCCGCCACUGCCGCUAUCUUCGCUGCCGUAGCAGUUGGAAAGAACGGAGGAGACUCUACAUUGACGGUGCCAGGAGGAAAGGGGCGAUGGGACCGAAACUGGGAUCGCCGAGAACCAAUGUCUCUGGUGAAUUUGAGCAAGAUCAAUGGUGAGAGCGGAGAGGAAGAGCUCAAUCAGCAUCUGAUUAAGCACAAGCCAAAAGCCACUCGUCACAUCUUCCUUAUAAGACAUUCACAGUACAAGCUGGAUGGAAAGAAUGAUGUGGACAGGGUACUUACCCCCCUCGGUCGUGAACAGGCUGAGCUAACUGGACAACGGCUGGCAUGUCUAGGACUGAAAUACAGUCAAAUUGUUCAUUCUUCAAUGACUAGAGCCAGAGAGACAACAGAAAUCAUCAGCAAAUACUUGCCAGGUGUGAAAAAAUCUAGCUCUGACUUGCUUCGUGAAGGAGCUCCUAUCCGACCAGAUCCCCCUGUCUGUCACUGGAAGCCAGAUGUUGAGCAGUAUUUUGAAGAUGGACCCCGUAUUGAGGCUGCAUUCAGGAAUUACAUUCACCGAGCAGAAGCAAAACAGGAAGAGGAUAGUUAUGAGAUUAUUAUUUGCCAUGCCAAUGUCAUACGCUACAUUGUGUGCAGGGCCUUACAACUACCCCCUGAAGCCUGGCUUCGCAUGUCGCUUAACAACGGCAGCAUUACUUAUUUGGUGGUCCGUCCCAAUGGUAAUGUGUCCUUGAGGAUGCUUGGGGACUCUGGUUUUAUGCCACCAGAAAAAAUUAGCCGAACAUAAGGAUGACUGCUAACUGACAUUUCCAGCUUUUCACUGCCUGCCCUGAAGAUACCAGGAUGAGAUAAUGCUGCAUUAUUUAUAACCAGCAACCGAGUCAGUGUGCCUUCAUGAGGGACCGGCAGCAAACAUUAUAUUGAUAUAUAUAAUUUUUUUUCCCAUCUCUUGCAAUUUGGAAAACAUGAAGGCACAUUACGCAGAUAGUAGAUGCCUAGGACAUUGGGCAUUAAGGGUAUCAAGAUUUUAUUAUGCAGACUCCAGUUCUACGUGUAAACCACCUGUUUUAAACACAAGAUGUGCAUGUCUUUUUGUACUGUAACUGUUUUAUGCAACAAUAUAGAUUGCAUGGUAUAGGGGAUGGUCAGUUAAGUGCAGUUUUUUUUGUAAACAAAAUAUUUUUACACUUUUACAAAAGAAUGCAGUGAAGAUGCCACAUGUGGACAUAACUCAAUAGAAUGUUAGAUGCAUUAGGCAUCAGCAGACCGCUAGGGUUGCCGUGUGUGCAGUGCAGGGUCAGUGCAUAUA